AUGGAGGUGCAAGCGGCAACUGCCUUCAUCGUCGAGGGAAACACAAUCUCUGAGUAUGCGCGGGGACGUCAGGCGUUUGCCUCUCAAAAGAAAUUUGAUCCACCUCAAUGCACAUCAGAUCAAAUGGAAAAGCUGGCCUACCAGCUACCAGCAGAUGACUGUAAGGCAAACAAAGACGCACCCUGGAACAGCAAAUGCUCCUUUUCCGUUGCAACGCGAUGUCCAGAUACUUCCUGGCUGGAUCACCAUUUUACGAUCCGACAAGCCUCCGACGGGGAGGAGCCAUUCCUGAGUUUCUUUGUGGGGUGCAAUAAAGCGAUUGAUGCCGUACAUGCAUUGAGAAUGGGAAGCCGGAAUGCGAAAUUUGAUGUUGGUCUGUGGAAAACGAAACUGUCUGAAGGAAAAGAAAAUGACUUUGCAGGAUCAUCUUGUGCUCAGUUUGAUAAGAACUAUGAGUUCGGAACAGAGCAACCAAUUCGACAAGCCCAAGUUUAUUGCUUUGAACCUGUUUCGUCCACAUUUGCCGAACUACACAGAACCAAAAUUGAACUGGGCUGGAAGAAUGAACUUGUCUUGGACGAGUCAGCUUUUUCGCACCAAAGUGGGACCAUGUGGGUUCCCAAACAAGUCCAACUAGGAAAGGAGAAUGCUGGUUUGGAAAAUCUAGCUUGCGGCAAAGAAAAAGAUGCUGCAAACUGCAAGCAAGUACCAAUCCACACUCUCAAUGACUAUGUUGGGUCUAUGAAUGGAAAACCCCAAAUUCAUUAUUUGUCCAUUGAUGUGGAGGGAUAUGAUUUUGAAGUUCUCAAGGGAGCAGCCAACAUUCUGCAAGACCAAGUCCAUUACUUGGAGUUUGAAUACAAUUGGAAAGGGCCCUGGAAAAGUCAAAACCUUGCAGAUGCAAUUAAUAUGUUGCAUGAUAAUGGCUUUGUCUGUUAUUGGCCUGGUCCGAGAGAUGGCCAUAUAUGGAGGAUAACUGGCUGUUGGCAAGAUCACUAUGCCCUCAGGUUUUGGUCCAAUGUGGCUUGUGUCAAUGGACAAAUUCCAGAAGCAAGACCCCUUGCAUUGGAUAUGGAAGAAAAGUUCCUUCAAACCAUUGGGCAGCAGAGUCUAGUGUACAAAUCACGGUGA